CCAGGCUCUCCAAUCUUCUCUCAAAAUGGCCUCUAAAUCUUUGAUGAUCAUCUGCUCUCUUUUUCUUGCGCUCAUGUUCUUAGGCAACUCUGCUUGCAAUGCCGCUCGAGUUCUGUUAGAAGAAAGUACUCCGAAGGAAGAGCAGCCAUCGCUGCCAAAGCUAGAAUUGCCUCCUUUACCUGAAUUCCCAAAGCUAGAGUUGCCUCCGCUGCCGGAAAUUCCUCACGAGUUACCCAAACCGGAGUUGCCUCCAUUGCCGGAGAUUCCGCACGAGCUACCAAAACCGGGGGUGCCUCCGCUGCCAGAAAUUCCUCACGAGUUACCCAAACCGGAGUUGCCUCCGUUGCCGGAGAUUCCACAUGACUUGCCCAAGCCAGAACUGCCGCACUUGCCGGAAAUCCCUCAUGAGCUUCCCAAGCCAGAGUUGCCACCUUUGCCAGAGAUCCCUCAUGAGCUCCCCAAGCCAGAGUUGCCGCCGUUGCCGGAGAUACCUCAUGAACUGCCCAAGCCGGAGGUUCCGGAGAUACCGCACCAGCAGCCGGAAGAGCCCCACCAUCCUUGAUGUGUGUGUUAUGUUUGUUAUUGUCAUUUGAACUUUGAUGUUUGUUGUCUUUUGUUGCUGAUCAUUGGAUCGUUGUUGCUUAUGCUCAUUUGGGAUCUCUCUGCUGUGCAUUCCAAAUAAUUAUUUCUCUACUUCUAUUUGGCUCUUCCCUUUAAUAUAUUUGAUGUGACUCUA